AUGACGAUGCACGCAAUCAACGCCGCUGGUCGAAGGAUCUCGCUCUUAAACGACGAAAGCGCCUCCCAACAACCCCAAUCGCAACAACAAAGAUCUCCCCUCAGCUUCCACUCCAGCUAUGCUUUCAACCAGUCUUACCCCACCACCACCAGCAGUUCUUCUUCACCCAACACCCCAGAACUCUUGCGCUCCGACUCCUACGACUCUCAAAUGAGUAAUGACCCCGUCUCUCCCAUGACUCCCAACGUGGAUUACUACCCUCGACAACAAGUUAUCUACACUAUUCCUCAAGACUACAACAUGGACGCUAAGCAUGUCGCCUACGCCGACAGUGCCCGUUCGGCCUCAUAUGAUGCUGAGAUGGUCAGCCAGCCCCGAUCCUCGCCUAUGCCCGAGCGCACCGGAAAGCGAUACCCCUGCCGGUAUCGCGACACUCACGGCUGCGAAAAAACCUUCACAACUUCUGGCCACGCCUCGCGUCACUCCAAAAUCCACACUGCUGAAAAGGCUGUUCAGUGCACCUUUGCGGGAUGCCAGAAGAAGUUCACCCGCGCCGAUAACAUGAAGCAGCACCUUGAAACACAUUUCAAGGACAAGAGCCGUUCUUCCGGCAGCCAGCGCAGUCACAGGACAUCACUCGCUGAUGCUCGCCGCAACUCUACAUCUGGUCGUCCUUCCGCGAGCCGCGUAUCCUCGUCUAGAAGUCGACGCGAUGCCGACCCCUACCCCCUUCCCACACCCCCGCUGGCCUCGCCCAGUAUCAGCAGCGGACCCUGGGACAUGAGUGGGCGCAACCUCCCUAUUCUUAACCGCCCUGUCACUGGCAGGACCCCUAGCGGUCUAGAUGCACUCGCGAUGGCUGUUGCAUGCCAGGAGGGCUCAGGUGUUUGA